UAUUGGAUCUAUGCCUUUGGAUACCGGGGAGAGUACACAGAUCAGACAGGCCACCGAGUUCCGAGAGCGAGCUCACUAUCCCAAUUCCGGCGAAAAUGAUGCCGCCGGAGCUUCAACCCCGGUCCUACCGUCCAUUCAUAUCCUCCGCCAGCGCUCCUACUUUCUCCACCUUCAAUGGCGGUUACUCUCCUGAACGAAGCCCUAACCCUAACCCUAACUCACCGUUCAUGGGUAACGGCAGGUCAAGGUCUCUCAGCAAGUCUCGAUUUUCUCCGUCUUCCUUCAUACACAAUGCGAGGAUCGCGAUCGCUCUCGUUCCCUGCGCCGCUUUCCUGCUGGACCUCGGCGGCACUCCCGUCGUGGCGACCCUAACCCUAGGUCUCAUGAUCGCUUACAUCCUUGAUUCUCUCAACUUCAAGUCCGGUUCGUUCUUUGGCGUCUGGUUCUCUCUCAUCGCCGCCCAGAUCGCCUUUUUUUUCAGUUCAUCUAUCUUCUCCACCUUCAAUUCGAUUCCUCUAUCACUCCUCGCCGCCUUCCUCUGCGCUGAGACCAAUUUCUUGAUCGGUGUUUGGGCUUCGCUCCAGUUCAAGUGGAUUCAAAUCGAGAACCCUUCGAUAGUUCUCGCUCUCGAGCGGCUUCUUUUCGCUUGUGUUCCUUUCGCGGCUUCGGCUCUUUUUGCCUGGGCAACUAUCUCUGCAGUUGGUAUGAACAACGCUUCUUACUAUCUCAUGGCGUUCAAUUGUGUUUUCUACUGGGUUUUCUCGAUUCCUCGCAUUUCCUCGUUCAAAAACAAGCAGGAAGUGGGUUACCAUGGCGGAGAAGUUCCCGAUGAUAUUCUAAUCCUCGGCCCCCUCGAGAGCUGUUUCCAUACUUUGAAUCUUCUGUUCUUUCCUCUGGUAUUUCAUAUUGCGUCUCACUAUUCGGUGAUGUUCUUGUCAGCUGCUUCAGUUAGUGAUCUGUUUCUCCUGUUCUUCAUUCCUUUCUUAUUCCUACUCUAUGCCUCUACAAGAGGCGCACUUUGGUGGGUUACAAAGAAUGCACACCAACUCCAGAGCAUUCGUGUGGUGAAUGGUGCUAUUGCUUUGGUGGUGGUUGUAAUUUGUUUGGAGAUUAGAGUCGUUUUCCAUUCAUUUGGGCGGUACAUUCAGGUGCCACCUCCAUUGAAUUAUCUUCUUGUGACUACUACAAUGCUGGGUGGGGCUUCUGCUGCUGGUGCAUAUGCUGUUGGUAUGAUUGGUGAUGCUUUCAGCUCACUGGCAUUUACAGCUUUGGCUGUACUAGUCAGUGCUGCUGGAGCAAUUGUUGUUGGAUUUCCUAUAUUGUUCCUUCCGCUACCUGCAGUUUCUGGUUUUUACUUGGCUCGCUUUUUUACAAAGAAGAGCCUGCCGUCAUACUUUGCAUUUGUUGUGCUUGGGAGUUUGAUGGUCACAUGGUUUGUGCUGCACAAUUUCUGGGAUCUCAAUAUUUGGUUGGCAGGCAUGUCUUUGAAAUCCUUCUGUAAGCUCAUUCUUGUGGAUGUUGUCCUGGCCAUGGUCAUUCCUGGUUUAGCUCUUCUUCCAUCAAAACUUCAUUUCUUGACUGAGGUUGGUUUGAUCAGCCAUGCAUUGCUGCUAUGUUACAUUGAGAAUCGAUUCUUUAGUUACUCUAGCGUAUACUAUUAUGGGUUGGAUGAGGAUGUGAUGUAUCCCAGCUAUAUGGUCAUCAUGACAACCUUUCUGGGUUUGGCUUUGGUGAGGAGAUUAUUGGUGGAUCAAAGAAUUGGACCAAAGGCAGUUUGGGUUUUGAUUUGUCUGUACUCUUCAAAAUUAGCCAUGCUGUUUAUCUCGUCAAAGUCAGUUGUAUGGGUCACAGCUGUUCUUUUAUUGGCGGUUUCUCCUCCAUUGCUUCUUUACAAGGAUAAGUCAAGAACGGCCUCAAAGAUGAAAGCUUGGCAAGGUUAUGCUCAUGCUAGUGUGGUUGCUUUGUCUGUCUGGUUUUGCCGUGAAACAAUUUUUGAAGCUCUCCAAUGGUGGCAUGGAAGACCUCCAUCUGAUGGUUUGCUUUUGGGUUUCUGUAUUGUAUUGACGGGAUUGGCUUGUGUACCUAUAGUUGCUGUCCAUUUCUCACAUGUCCUGUCUGCUAAGAGAUGCUUAGUGCUAGUGGUGGCAACAGGUCUGCUGUUUAUGCUAAUGGAGCCUCCAAUUCCAUUAUCAUGGACUUACCGCUCUGACCUAAUCAAAGCUGCCCGUCAGUCUUCUGAUGACGUCUCCAUCUAUGGCUUUGUUGCCACAAAGCCUACAUGGCCAUCAUGGCUGCUUAUUGCAGCAAUCCUGCUAACUCUAGCAGCAGUUACCUCUAUCAUCCCCAUUAAUUAUAUGGUUGAGUUGAGAGCGCUUUAUUCAGUUGCCAUAGGGAUUGCUUUGGGUAUCUACAUAUCUGCUGAGUACUUCCUUCAGGCUGCGGUCCUGCAUGCCCUUAUUGUUAUAACCAUGGUCUGUGCUUCUGUAUUUGUGGUCUUCACUCACUUCCCAUCUGCCUCAAGCACAAGGUUCCUGCCAUGGGUUUUUGCCCUACUUGUGGCUCUCUUUCCUGUGACAUAUUUGCUAGAGGGCCAGAUGAGAAUCAAAAGCAUCCUCGUGGAUAGUGGAGUUGAAGACAUGGUGGAGGAAGACUACAAACUCACUGCAUUACUGGCAAUUGAGGGAGCAAGAACAUCUCUCCUUGGUCUAUAUGCAGCAAUCUUUAUGCUGAUUGCACUGGAAAUAAAGUUUGAACUAGCCUCACUUUUGCGGGAAAAGGCUUUUGAGAGGGGCGGGAGACAUAAUCAGUCUGCACAAAGCAGCUCUGCCAAUUUCCCAGCUAAAAUGAGGUUUAUGCAACAGCGUAGGGCCUCUACUGUGCCUACCUUCACAAUCAAGAGGAUGGCAGCUGAGGGUGCCUGGAUGCCUGCAGUUGGUAAUGUUGCUACUGUGAUGUGCUUUGCUAUAUGCCUGAUCUUGAAUGUCAAUCUUACUGGAGGCUCAAACCGAGCAAUAUUCUUUCUGGCACCAAUCCUACUGCUUCUCAACCAGGACUCUGAUCUUGUUGCUGGAUUUGGGGACAAGCAAAGGUAUUUCCCUGUUACAAUAGUUAUUUCAGCCUACUUGGUUCUGACAUCCUUGUACAGCAUAUGGGAAGAUGUCUGGCAUGGGAAUGCUGGAUGGGGCCUGGAAAUUGGUGGGCCAGACUGGUUCUUUGCAGUCAAGAAUUUAGCCCUCCUAAUUCUUACAUUCCCAAGCCAUAUCCUUUUCAACCGGUUUGUGUGGAGCUACACGAAGCAGACUGAUUCAACGCCCUUGCUCACAUUGCCCCUUAAUCUGCCAUCCAUCAUAAUAACAGAUGUGAUAAAGGUUAAGAUAUUGGGACUAUUAGGAAUUAUUUAUUCCCUGGCCCAGUAUCUAAUCUCUAGACAACAGUAUAUCACUGGAUUGAAGUAUAUUUAGACAUACAUACUCUGUACAAUAUGUUUUGGAAAUUUUCAAGUGAGAUCUUAAAGUUCAGGUUUGUUUGCCCACUCUCUCACUUGUCCUUACCUUAAUUUGGGGCUUUUUGUAUGCCCUGGGAUGCACAAGCUACCCAUUGUCUUUUGAGUUAUUAUAGCAAGCUCUUAAACUAAGACUGUUAAAUGAAUUAGCCUCCUAGCAAAUUUAUGGUCCUCAGUAAUUCUUGAA